CAGACUUAUUAUCAUGAGAUCAUAGCAAUACAAUUAAUUACAAAAGCAGAGUCAGUGACUCCAGUGUUGCUGUGCUGUGUGCUGUUUCUGCCUGGUGAAUUCUACUCUGUACCUCUUUCUUUUCUACCUGGAAAAUCAUGCUCUGUACAGUUUGUUGAGUCUGACUCUCAUGCUGGUUGCCUACGCUGAAUGGUUGUAUCUUAACCCAGGCUCCCUGAAUCCAUUUGAUCUGAGUUCGUACGACUGGGGAGAGGAAACUAUCCCUUCCACUGCUGAACUUUUACUGGAUAAUGUUAUAAAACAAGUCAGCAAGGUUAUUGGCAGGGACUGGAAACCACUAGCAAGAAAAUUAGGCUGUGAAGAAGCUGAAAUCAAGGAAAUCGAAGAAAAAGAGCAAAUUUAUCAAUUUUUGGCAAAUACAGGCGUAUAAAUGGCAACCGUGCUGUGCUGCUAGAAGCUAUAACAUCAAUACCUCUCCCAGUAGAGAAAAUACAUGCGCUGAAAAAAAUGGGUUUCUCUCAGUCAACAACUAUCACAAUUUCACUGGAUGAACUUAUAGAGCAAGUCAGCAAAAUUAUUGGCAGGGACUGGAAACCACUAGCAAGAAAAUUGGAGUUUGAAGAGACCGAAAUCGAUGCAAUUGAGGACGGAAAUGCACAAGAUUUUAGCGAGCAAAUUUACCGUAAAUGGAUGCUUGAAAAGGGCAACCAUACAUCAAAUGAUGUGCUGCUAGCUCUAAAAUCAACACCUCUCUCAGAAGAGAAGAUAAAUGCGCUGAGUAAAAUGGAUGUCUAUCGAUCAACAACUAUCACAAACAAGCAGGAACUCAAAGUUAAAGUUAAACCAGGUUAUCAAUAUGUUUUAUCACCUCCUUAUCUACCGACUGGAGACAUGAAUAAACCACAAGAAUCGAAACUUAGUUUUGACCUCCCUGGUGUUGAAGCUGUAGCUCAUACUCAUGUGAUCAUCACCAACUCAUCCCAAACUUUCCUCUGGGAUGGCUAUGGGUUCAAGCUCCACAUACCCCAGAACUCCCUGCCACCUGGUGUUGACCAGUGUCGACUUGAUAUCAAGGCCAGUGUAGCUGGAAAUUACCAGUUUCCUAACAACCUCCAGUUGGUCAGCGGUGUCUUCUGGGUACGUCCUCAUCCCUCGGGUCCAUUCCAACAGCUGCUGACAGUCGAAAUACAGCACUGUGCCAAGAUGACCAGCUCCACCAAGCUCUCAUUUGUGAGAGCACGUUGCUCCCAGGAGAGUCUGCCCUACACAUUCAAGCAGCUUGAAGGGCGUGGCUCGUCGUUCACAGAGCACAGCUCGUACGGUUCACUGGAGCUAAACCAGUUCAGUGGACUGGCUGUAACGGGAGAGGAUGUAGAGAGAAAGUACAUUGCCAGCCUCUACUACUUCGGCUCAGAGCUGCAUAGCAGGGAAAUACAUUUUAUUGUCAACUGGAAUGAUGAGAUUCAUAGAUCAUGUGUGAUUGAAGAGUCUCCUGUAAAGAAGCCAUUCUUGUAGUGGAUCAUAUCGUUGAGUUCGAGGAGGACAGAAUAACACUAGAUAUUCCUGGUAAUGGUGCUGAAGUCAUGGGAGGGUGGAAAAUAACGCCAUUGUUUCAUCCUACGGUAAUGAAGAAGCAUGUUGAUCAGUUCAAGCCCGGAGAGUUGAUUCCCCACUGCCACUUAAAAGCUGAGAUGACAAAUAAACACAAGAAAUCUGCUUCAAUACUAGUCCACCAAGUUAAACUAGUGGGUGCAAAGGAUCCCUUCAAAUUCAUCACUAUUCAUCUGGACCCCCAGCGUACACUUCCAGCUGGACAGAAGACACCACUAUCGCCUAGAAGCAAGCUCAGUCCAAGUCGCACGUGAUUCUGGAGGAUACUCAGAAGCAGUUGGUCAGAAGAGACCACCACCACUAUCUGCUGGAGAGACCGAUACCAAACGCAUACGUUCAGCAUCUCCGCAAAGAUCAUCGACUCAACCAGUCAGUACUGCUCUUCAACGUCUGAUGGACACAUGUCAACUCACUACUUCACAAAUCAACAGGGAAAUCCAACAAAAAGACAUACCACUUUUGGCUGCAUAUUUCAAUUUUGUCGAGCUCUAUGUCGAUAUAAUGGAAUUAACACCUAGCGAGCAACGCGAUGUCAUCAAUAAGCCAAAUUCUCAUGUAGCCAUGAUCGAGUGCUUGAAAUUUUGGAAAACAAAGAAGUACUCACAAGCGACAUUCAGGGCCCUUCUGGAGAUGUUAGUAAAGCUGAAGAAAGACAAGAUUUCUGCUCAAGUCUGCCAGUACUUGAAGGAGCUGUGAGGAGGUGCACGUACAGCACUUCAUGAACUGUAGAUAUAUCAGAACAGAACCCUCAUAAUGUUGUGGUUAUUCUCGUUUAGGUUGUGUAUUUGACAUCCCAUAAUCAUGCUGCAACUACCUAUGUUACGUUUAAAAGCUCUCUCUGCAUGAUUGUUUUAUUCUUGUG